GGGAGCGCUGUGCGCGGGGCGGUGUCCUCCGGGCGGCCGGCGUGGGCGCAGUGGUUGCUCGGGGCGCGUGUCCGCCCUGACCCCGCUCCCGCCGGAGGGCCAGGGCCCCGGAGAGCGGGCGCAGGGCUCGCGGGGACCGGGACCCAGGAUGCGACCUCCCGGACUGGAGGGCGCCGCCCGCGACCUCUGACCGCGCCCCCGACUCGGCCUCCCCCGAGCGGCUGCCCCGGCGAGGCCCGGCCCCCGACCAUGCCAUCCAAGGCCGUGUGUCUGCGUCACGCCGCGGCACCCGGGCCGCGGGAGGCCGGGAUGCUCAAGGGGCAGCGUCCCACCCCCGCCCAGGACCUGGCCCUGAGCCCGGGGUCCCUGCCCGGCACCUGCAGCGAGGCCCCCGAGGACGGCCCCACGCUCCCUCGCAACGAUCGCGCGAAAGCCGGCAGCGAGACCUCGCCGGCCACGGCAAGCCCCAUCACCCCACAGCCCCCCAUGCGGCCCAGGCUGGAGCGAGCCCUGUCCCUCGACGACAGGGGCUGGAGGAGGAGGCGUUUCCGAAGCAGCCAGGAGGACCUGGCCGCCCGGGACGCCCGGGACGGGGCUGGCCCCGGCGGGGGCUCCGUGCAGAACGCGGCCCCCCAGACCCUCGGCCGCGGUCUCCCGCUGCCUUGCCUGAGCACGUCCUUGCAGGAGAUUCCCAAGCCCCGCUGGGCCUCGGGCAGCGCGGGCGGGAGCCCGACCUCCUGGGGCGACCGUCUCUCUGGCAUGGUCAGCACCUCCCUGGAUCUCCUGCACAGGGAGGCCUCCCCGUCUGGCGGCUCCCCCAGGCUAGCCAGCCUGCGCACCCCACGCCCACCAACCUCCUCGGAGCCCACUGUGGCUUCCGACCCUCUGAGAACUGCAGACCAGGUGGACUCAGAGCAGGGCGACCGCAAGCAGGGCACACCGACCAGGCUGGUGCGUGCCCACAGCAGCCUGGGCCCCGGCCGGCCCCGGAGCCCCCUGGCCUGUGACGACCACUCACUGCACUCCGCCAGGUCCUCCUUCAGCCUGCUGGCCCCCAUCCGCACCAAGGACGUCCGUAGCAGGAGCUACCUGGAGGGCAGCCUGCUGGCCAGCGGGGCCCUGCUGGGUGCAGAGGAGCUGGCCCAGUACUUCCCUGACCGCAGCAUGGCACUCUUCGUGGCCACCUGGAACAUGCAGGGCCAGAAGGAGCUGCCGCCCAGCCUGGAUGAGCUGCUGCUGCCCGCUGAGGCUGACUACACCCAGGACCUGUAUGUCAUUGGAGUGCAGGAGGGCUGCUCCGACAGGCGGGAGUGGGAGACGCGGCUGCAGGAGACGCUGGGCCCGCGCUACGUGCUGCUGUCCUCGGCAGCCCACGGCGUGCUGUACCUGUCCCUCUUCAUCCGCAGGGACCUCAUCUGGUUCUGCUCAGAGGUAGAGUGCGCCACGGUGACCACACGCAUCGUGUCCCAGAUCAAGACCAAGGGCGCCCUGGGCGCCAGCUUCACCUUCUUCGGCACCUCCUUCCUCUUCAUCACCUCCCACUUCACCUCUGGAGAUGGGAAGGUGGCAGAGAGGCUGCUGGACUACAGCAGGACUGUUCAAACCCUUGCGCUGCCCAGGAACGUGCCGGACACCAACCCCUACCGCUCCAGCGCAGCGGACGUCACCACCCGCUUUGACGAAGUGUUCUGGUUCGGAGAUUUCAACUUCCGCCUGGGCGGCGGGCGCGUGGCGGUGGAGGCCGCACUGAGGCAGGAGCGGGAGGCGGCUGUGCGGGCACUGCUGCAGCAGGACCAGCUCACGCGGGAGAUGAAGAGCGGGUCGGUCUUCAGGGGCUUCCAGGAGCCAGACAUCGUCUUCCUGCCUUCCUAUAAGUUUGACCUCGGGAAGGACACCUACGACAGCACCUCCAAGCAGAGGACGCCCUCAUACACGGACCGGGUUCUGUACCGAAGCCGCCACAAGGGGGACAUCCACCCAGUGACGUACUCCUCCUGCCCCGGGAUCAGGACGUCCGACCACCGCCCCGUGUAUGGCCUCUUCCGGGUGCGGGUGCGGCCCGGGCGAGACAACAUUCCACUGGCUGCCGGCAAGUUUGACCGAGAGCUGUACCUGAUAGGGAUUAAAAGACGUAUUUCAAAAGAGAUCCAGAGACAGCAGGCACUGAAGAACCAGAGCUCCAGCGCCAUCUGCACUGUGUCUUGAGUCCCGAGAGGACCCGUCAUCACCUGCAACUCAGGACACACGGCCAAGUCACUGAAGAGGUGGGGUCUGCCCUCUGGCACCCCCCGUUGGGGUCCCGAUGCACGGCCGCAGAGCUGCCCUGUUCUCACCAGGAAACCCCAGGACAGCAGUGGGACGUGGCACCCCACCCCCACUGGUGUCCCCGUCACCCUCCACCGGACGGGGCUUGACUCUCCAGGCGUCUGUCCCCAGCUCCACAGAGGGCCGACAUUUGAGCUGUUCUGCCCUGGAAGGUAGCAAGAUCCCUGCUUUUUGCUCGUGAGGGCUGCAGGCUCCCCUCAGCUUCCUGUGCUCGCCCCCAAGCCCUGGCCCUGAGCCCACACCACACAGGCGCCUGCAGAGGUCCAGGCAUAGCCGGUGUCCUCCAGGCCUUGGAACCUGGGCACCCCAAAACCCGCUGAGGCCAAGGCAGCACCAGAGGCCACAGCCAGACCCUUCCCGGGUGGCAGUGACCCCUCCGCCAGCUCCCCAGCCCAGGCAGGACCACCUCCCUGCUUUGCCGCAGGCCAAGUCUCACUGGGCAAUAGACCAGCGACUGUUCGACCUCAGCCGCACGGUGUCAGCAGAAGCGUCCCUGGCCGGAACAGAGGCCAGCAGCCCCUCAUUCAGGUCCUUACCUUAGAGGGCUUAGACCUCACCCCACCUCUGGAGGAUGUAGACUUGAAUGUAGAGAAACCUAGGGACACCCACUCCAGCCUGUUAAAUUAUUUAUUUUUCCAUAUUUAUAUUUUUAAAUAAAUGCAUAUAUUGAAUCUUAAA